AUCGAGACCUUCCUCCACACAUUUGAAACACUUUUAAAAGGAGCGAAAGGCGAACAACGGUUACGCAGUUCAUUGACAUGAGCUGUAAGUUUCUGAUGCUCAUUGUCUUUGGCGUACUGCUCUUUUAUCCAAUCGUGAUCAAGGCGACAUAUGUUAAAGCUAUUUCCAACGUGGAAGCCUCUGACAAACGCUACAGGGAACGAGUCUUCGAUGACCAAGGUUUUCCAGCAUAUAGAAAUGUUUCUAACCUGGCGAUAAACAUCAGUAUCCAGGGAGCAGCCUUUAACAUUGUAGACCAGUUUGACAUAUUCUGGACCUGGAUCAAAAGUUUUUUCGUGGAGAGCUGGAUAUUAGCUGCGAUCUAUUGCAUGUUCUACUGUAACUAAAACAUGAUCCAUGUUGUCAGUUUCAUAAAUUAAAAAAGUAAUUAAAUAAUUUAUUCGUCUGCUUUUGGUGGAGUCCAUUGAGA